CAUGGUCUGGCCGACCUCUAGAAAGUGUCAAUUUCGAAAUGUCCUUACCCCAAUUCAGUAAAUACGAAGAUUAGUUAUAUCAGAAUAUCUAAAGAAGAUGCUGUGCCUCUCUGUACAGUCCCUUUCCAAUCUGAGCGGUGCUCAUGUUGCAUAUUUGAUGUGGACUCGUCAUGAUGUGACUAAAGGGGGCUCAUCGGAAAAGCUUUUUAAAAAAUUGAUUGAUGCUGUGCUUGCCGACGUGCAAAGCCUUCCCGUGCCAGAGCAGUCAAAAUCGGUUGUAUCGAUGCAAGCGAAGCCUGCUGGCAUGCAUUUGCUCUAUUUCAUGAAAUUCUUGCUCUCAAAGACGCAGCUGGAACAUUCGCCAAAAUGGCUUACUGGAGAAAUGCUCUUCAACUGUCUUGUACUGAAUGGUGACGGGCUAAUAAAUCAUUCUAAAACAAUAGAGAAGUUAAUCGAUAGUGGACUGCUUGACAAUGUAACUGCUUUCCGACUGGCUUGUACAAAUUUCCAGGAAAUGGAGAUUGUAAAGCUAUGGCCCUCGGUGAGGCAGUAUUUCUUUGAAAAGAUGCUACUGGAAAGUCAAGACACAAGCCAUACUGGAAAGAGUCCGUAUUCUCCUCGAACCUUACUUUGUUAUAAUAGAUUUUAUGCUGACCUAGAAACUGUAUUAAACAUAAGGAAUUCUCGCGACCGGUAUGUGAUAGAGCCCAGUGAAGUUUUAUUUUGGAUUCGUGGUUGUAUGUCGAUAGAGAAUAACAGGGAAGAUGCGUCGAGUUUUAUGGAAUUCAUUCUUGGUGAUGACGAACUACAUUGGACAGAUGCUGUUGGUUGUGGUAAUGUCGCCUGUAUGGAUUAUUUCAAACGAUGUCUAAAUGUCAGGUACGGUGGUGAAGAAAUAAUCGAAUACAUUUUUAAACAUCCUGUAGUGGACUGUCGACUACAAUGUUUCAUUUCUGAAUUUAGUUCUUUAAGCUCUGAAAAAAAAUCAUUUGUAUUUCGGAAACACACCCAAAAAAUGAUUUCCCAUUUUCUUCAGUGGCCUUUGUCUCUAACGUUUGCAGAGAACGCUGAAGAAAUUUGGAAUUUUAUUUCAGAAGAUCUUAAAGAACAUUUUCUUCAAAAAAUUUUUGAAACGCUUUUUCCUCAUUUUCGAUUUUUUUAUCGAUUUUUUAUCGAUGGUUUCAGUCUUUUUAUACCGAUGGCUGGUGAGCAAUUAGGGCUCCGUGUCUCUGAAACAUUGCCUGCAAUAUAUAUGUUUGAGCAUCUCGAACACAUUUGGAUCGCUGUUUGGAAAAUUAGCUCUAUUUCUCUCAGAACUUUAUUUUUGAAUAUGUAUGUUUUCUACAAACUUGUGGGUUCUAGUAAAUCUCGAAAAUUCCGUGAAAAUUUCGAAGACUCUGAUGUGAAAGAGAAGCUGCUUAGUCUCUUUUUGCCAAAUGGGGAACGCGUUUUAGAACUUUUCAAAAGAGAAAACACAAAAGAAUCACUGAGAAAUCUUAUUGCCAUGCAUAUGCCUGAAGAUUUAAAGUAUCUAGAGAAAAGAUGUAUUUCAUUUCUUGGAACAAGAUCGGAAGAUUUUAUGUAUCGACCAAGGUUCAAACCUAACCGCAACAAACCUAACGAGUCUUCGUGUAUCCACGGCAAUAGCAUAAAUAUGGAUUUUAUAGAAAAAAUCAGAGAGUUUAUGUUUUCAUCAAGAACUGUUGAUAAAUCUAAUAUUCACCAUUGAAUGUAAAGGACAUGUAUAGAUAUUUAAUAAUUUUUAUCCCUAAAAUUCAG